AUGAUUGGGGCAGGAAAUCUUACAGAGAUCACCCAAUUCCUCCUCCUGGGAUUCACAGAUUUUCCCAGGAUCCUAGUACUGCUCUUUGUGACAUUCCUGCUCAUCUACAUUACAACACUGACCUGGAACUUGUCCCUCAUUGUGCUAAUCAGGAUGGAUUCCCACCUCCAUACACCCAUGUAUUUCUUCCUCAGUAAUCUGUCCUUCAUAGAUCUCUGCUACAUCACCUCCACAGUCCCCAAGAUGCUCUCCAACUUCUUCCAGGAGCGGCAGAUGAUCAGCUAUGUGAGUUGCUUUGUUCAGUACUUCUUCUUUUCAACCCUGGGCCUGAGUGAAUCUUGUCUCAUGACAGCCAUGGCUUAUGACCGGUAUGCUGCCAUCUGCAAACCACUGCUCUACUCAUCCAUCAUGUCUCCCACCCUCUGUGCUCACAUGGUGUUGGGAACUUACACAGCUGGACUCACUGGUUCUUUUUCCCAAUUGUGUGCUUUGCUUCAGCUCCACUUCUGUGGGCCUAAUGUCAUCAGGCACUUCUUCUGCGACAUGCCCCAGCUGUUACAUCUAUCCUGCACUGACACCUUCUUUGUACAAGUACUGACUGCUGUGUUGAUAAUGGUAUAUGGGAUAGCAAAUGUCCUAGCUAUCAUCCUAUCCUAUGUCUAUAUUGUAGUGGCCAUCAGGAAGAUCACUUCCACUAAAGGCAGGGCCAAGGCCUUCAACACCUGUGUGUCUCACCUGACAGCUGUUUCCUUCUUUUACGCCUCCAGUAUCUUUGUCUAUCUGAGUUCCAGCUCUGGUGCAUCCUCUAGCUUUGACAGAUUUGCAUCAGUAUUCUACACAGUGGUGAUUCCCAUGUUGAACCCCUUGAUUUACAGUCUCAGGAACAAGGAGAUCAAAGACGCCGUUAAGAGAUUACAGAAGAAAGCAUGCUUCUAUGAAAGUCAUAGAUUGGGAGAUUUCUAA